AGGAGGAGGAAGAGGAGGAGGAGCUUCCGGUGAGAGGCGUUAACAGCUGCCGCUCGUUACCGUGUGUAGUGGACUGUGUGUGUUUGUACUGUGGUCACGAUUAUGUCUAACAGGUUCGCCUAGCAAAGAGAGACAUGGCUGAAAUACUCUCCGUCACUGUGGACGUCACCUUCCCGAUCCAGGAGGACGCCGGUACCGCUGCCGCCGCCCCUCCAGCCCCCCUGAGCAGCGAGGACUACCUGUUUGUGGAGGCCAGGCACCCCAACACGGUGCUGCAGGGCCUGAACAGCCUGCGACUCAACAACGCCUUCUGUGAUGUGACCCUGUGCUGUGGAGGACAGGAGUUCCCCUGCCACCGCAUUGUGCUGGCCUCCUUCAGCUCUUACUUCCAGGCAAUGUUUUCCACUGACCUGAUAGAGUCCAAGCAGGAGCGGGUUGCCAUCAAUGGAGUUGAGCCUCAGAUGAUUGGCAUGCUGGUGAGCUACGCCUACACAUCCGAGGUCUAUAUCUCUAAAGCAAAUGUGCAGGCCCUGCUGGCAGCAGCCAAUCUGCUGGACGUGAUGGCCGUUAGAGAGGCCUGUUGUCGAUUCAUGGAGCGUCAGAUGGAUGAGAUGAACUGUGUGGGGAUUCACUGUUUUGCCGAGGCCCAUUCUUGUAAGGUGCUGGAGAAACGCAGCAUGGACUACAUUCUUGAGCACUUCAACAGCGUUCAUCAGCAGGAGGAGUUCCUGUCUCUUUGUGUGGACAAGCUGACAGAAAUCCUUGCCAGUGACUUUCUCAAUGUGCCUAAAGAGGAGAUGGUGUUUGAGGCGGCCAUGUUGUGGUUGAAUAAAUGUCUCUCUCGCAAACAGAGCUUUGAAAAGGUCCUUGAGCAUAUCCGACUGCCUCUUAUCAGCCCUUACUACCUCCACGAUGUGAUCGAGUCCCUGGAUGUAGUGAAGGAGAACCAGGGCUGCCAGAGGCUCAUCUCUGAGGCCAAGGACUACCUGCUGCUAAAGGACCGCCGUGGAGAGCUCUACUGCCCCAGAGCGAGGCCCCGCAGAUCCACAGGGACAGCCGAAGUGAUAGUGACAGUCGGCGGAGAGGAUGACAAGGUGGUGCUGCGCAGCGUCGAGAGCUUCGACCCUGUGACGAAUCAGUGGAAGAAUCUGGCCUGCCUGCCCUUCGCUGUGAGCAAACAUGGGCUGGUGGUGUCGGACUCCACUCUGUAUUUGGCAGGAGGAGAGUUUCCUGACGGCUCGGCCAGCAGGGAGAUGUGGCGCUAUGACUCCUGCUUUGACUCCUGGAUUGAGAUGGCUCCCAUGAAUGUUGCUCGCUCUGAGUUAGGCCUGGUGAUGCUGGACGGCUUUGUGUAUGCGGUUGGAGGUUGGGAGGGACGCUCUCGUCUGGACUCAGUGGAGUGCUACAACCCUCACACAAACACCUGGCAGUUCACUGACUCUGUCAAGAUGGCCGUCACAAGUCCUGCUGUGGUGGCCUUAGACGGACUUCUCUAUGUUACUGGCGGUGCAGUUCUAGAAGAUGGCGAUGGCACAGACCUCGCUCAGGUGUACAACCCUAAAACAUCUGUAUGGACAGAGGUUGCCCCCAUGCAGAUCGCUCGCUCUGGUUCUGCUGCUUGUACGCUCAAAGGAAAGCUUUAUGUUAUAGGUGGAUGGCAUGCCUCGACAGAGAACACGGAUAAGGUGGAGUGUUACAAUCCCAAGACCAACCAGUGGACCAUGUGCGCCCCCAUGAAGGAACGACGCUACCGGCCCGGUGCCGCUGUGGUGGAUGGAAAGAUCUACGUUCUGGGAGGAGAAGAAGGCUGGGACAGAUAUCACGACACUAUCGAGAGGUACUGUGACGAGACUGACAUGUGGGAGAUCGUCGGGGAGAUGCCCACCAGUCGCAGCUGGCUCAGCUGUGUGUCUCUACAGCUGAGGAAGGACAUCCACAUAAGCAGCUGUCCCGGGACGCCAAAUGACAACUGAGCGAGGGCUGUCGGGGAGGAGGAAAUCUUUCGUGGUCAUUACUUGCAGUCCUCAUUGUGGGGACAGUGCACUACAACGCUCAGAGCUGUGGAGAACAGUGAACUGAGAAGGGAUGCCUGGAUUUGGGACGGCGGCUGUUUGAGCUGUUACUGACGGCAAGAAGUAGCCUGGUUUUUAAUCGGUGACUGCUGGCGGACUGAGCCUCACUCACGCGGUGAUGACGGAAGCGUCGUACAUUGAUUUCAAGUGAUCAACGACUCAGCAGUUUAAAGUCACUCUCUGUAUGACUUAAAACAUGUUUUAGGUUACUGUUUCAAUGUCCGAGCACCUCAAAUCUGUGAAGAUUUACUCAGCCAACAUAGUGUAUUUUUGUAUCAUUAUUAUGUGAUGUAUUUAUUGGGGUGUGACUAGCUGUGAGAGAUCUUAAAAAAACAAAACAAUUAUAAACAUUUUCUCAAAAGAUGCUCAGUGGGCCAAAGAAUCGCAUUGUGAAUAUUUUGGAAGGUUACCUGUGAAGAUGUCUAUACGUGAGCAGUGUUUUUGUAUUUAAACUUUGUAAGUUCUGAAUGAGUGUCUUUACUACCUGUAAUAUGUCGAGUAUAUUUUUGUAACGUAGUGUGCGUCAUGCAUUUUAGUGAUUUUAAAUGGAGUUGGGAUCUAAUAAAGAUGUUUAAUUCUUUAAUGUGAA